AUGGAGAAGUUUGGCAUGAACUUCGGCGGGGGUCCUAGCAAGAAGGACCUGUUGGAGACCAUAGAGACUCAGAAGAAGCAGCUUCUCCAGUACCAGGUCCGCCUCAAAGAUGUCGUUCGGGCCUAUAAGAGCCUGCUGAAGGAGAAAGAGGCCUUGGAGGCCAGCCUCAAGGUUCUCUCUGCGUCUCAGGAGGCCGAUGAUGCCGGCCUCCCUUCUGUCCAGUCCCCAGGCCUCCCCUUGGCUGAGGCUGUUGAUGACCGGUGCUCCACUCACAGUGAGGACAGCACUGGCACUGCCACCAGUCUGGACACAACUGCCAGUCUGACCAGUACCAAGGGUGAUAUUGGGGUGGAAGAGGAGAGACUGGCAAUUGGUCCACCACCUCCAAAGUCUGAGGAAACCAGUGGGUCAGAGAGUGGCAUUAGUUCCAGUAGUGGAGAUGUGCCAGCUAGCGGUGGGGGGGAGAUGGACAAACGGUUACACCAGCUGAAGACUCAGUUGGCCACGCUGACCAGCUCUUUGGCCACGGUGACACAAGAGAAGUCCCGCAUGGAAGCCUCAUACCAGGCUGAUAAAAAGAAGAUGAAACAAGAUUUGGAGGAUGCCAGCAGAAAGGCUGAGGAAGAAAAGAGCCGGCUGGAGGGAGAGCUAAAGGGGCUGCAGGAGCAGAUGGCAGAAACUAAAGCCAGGUUGAUCACACAGCAGCAUGACAGAGCCCAAGAGCAGAGUGAUCAUGCUUUGAUGCUGCGUGAGCUGCAGAAAUUGCUUCAAGGAGAGAGGACCUUAAGGCAGGAUAUUGAGCUACAGCUGGAAGAGACCCGGGAAGCCUUGGCUGGACAGGCCUAUUCAGCUAACCAGGUGGAAGGGUUAGAAUUACAGAUCAAACAGUUGACUGGUGAAGUGGAGGAACUGAAGCAUGAGCUGCAGGCUCUUCGAGAGGAGAAGAGUCAGCCAGACCCUCGGCUGGAGGAGCUUCAGGAAGAAGCUGCCCACAUUAAAAGCCAUUUCCAGGCCCUUUUGCAGCAGGAAAUGAGGAAGACUGCUUUGGCAGAGGAGCAGCUUCUUCAGUAUUCUAAGAUGGAGGAACAGAGGGUGGCUGCCCUAGAGAACCAAGUCUCAGAAGUGUCUGAGUUGCUGGGCACCUAUGAGAAAGCUAAGCAGAAGGACCAGCUGGCCAUUCAAAAGCUAAAGGAUCGCCUUUUACAGUUGGAUAUGGAGAAUAAGACACUUGCUCUUGCAGCCUCUAGUCGUUCUCCCCUGGACAGCCACAAUGAGGAAACCAGCCUGGAUGUCAAUGUACUAAAGGAUAAAAUGGAGAAACUGAGAAGGCUGAUACAGAUUGCAGCCAGGAAGAGCCAGGUGUCUCUGAAUAUGGAAAAAUUGUGUGAUAUAGAGAUGCUGACAAACUCAGAUGCUGCUGAUGGGGAAAAGGCUACUGCACUCUACUACCAGCAAGAGCUAAAGCAGCUCAAAGAGGAGUUUGAAAGGUACAAAAUGAGGGCCCAAGUUGUCCUCAAGAGCAAGACAACCAAAGAUGGCAACCUAGCCAAGGAACUGGAGGAAAGCCAGGAGCAGCUUGCAGAGCUGAAGGAGAAGUACAUUUCCCUUCGACUGUCCUGUGAAGAGCUGGAACGGCAACAUCAACAAGAGGCAGAGAGUUGGAAGCAGGAGUUGGCUCAACUACAGCAGGCCCAUCGACAGGAGCUGGAGAAAAGCCAGCUUGAUUUCAGGGACCGGACACUGAAACUUGAAGAAGAGCUACACAAACAGAGGGAUCGUGCUCUAGCAGUGCUUGCUGAAAAGGACUUGGAACUAGAGCAGCUCCGUUCUGUGGCUUUGUGUUCUGGGCUGCAGGGACACAAGGCCUCAGUGAGCCAAGGGGGUACUGGAGAUCUAAGUGACUCAACUCCAGACAGUUUGACCCAAGCUCUGCACUUGGCUGCAUCAAACGAACCCACUUUCUUCUUGUAUGCUGAACAGUUGGCUCGAAAGGAGGUUGAGAUAACUUCCUUGAGGAAACAAAAGCAUAAGCUUGAAGUGGAGGUACACCAACUUCAGGACAGGCUAAUUGUGGAGGGUGAACAGCACCGAGAACAAGUCUCUGCUCUACAGAGCCACAUUGAAAAAAGCAUCAGAGACCAAAGCAGGGAGGGGGCCAAUCUGGAGUACUUAAAAAAUAUAAUCUACCGUUUCUUAACUCUUUCUGACUCUUUGGGUCGCCAGCAGACACUUACAGCUAUAUUGACUAUAUUGCAUUUCAGCCCAGAGGAGAAACAAGUAAUUAUGAAACUCCCAACUAGUAGUAUUUGGUGGCCUUCUGGCAAGAGAUAAAAUUCUUGGUCUUUCCUAUUUCUGAACCGUUUUUUAUCCCAGGGUUAGUUCUGAUACUUUAACCUCUUCUCUUAAAAGUAUCAUUUCUGUCUUUCCCAUACUGGGCUGGGAUAGAUGACUGCCUAAUGCUUCUGGGCCCUGCUGGUGCUGCUGUAUUGUGAGAGCAAUCUCUGCUCAUAGGCUUAAGACUGAAUGCCAAAUUUUGGAAAAUACUAAAAUUCUCUGAAAUAAAAUGUUGUUAUCCUUUGCAA